AGAAGGGGCCAGUAGAUCUGGGUUUUGUCCAGGGGUCUCUGGGUUUAAAUCUCUCUCCGACCACUUGAGCUCAUUUUCCCUGUGACUUGGCUGGGUACAACUUCUUUCCCUGCCCAAGCUGCUAAAAAAUCUACAACUUUACCCUUCGGAAUUCUUUCAGUUGUGGGACAGAUACAACCCAUCCCUGAGCAAACAUGGAAGCUAUCAAGAAAAAGAUGCAGAUGUUGAAGUUGGACAAGGAGAAUGCCAUCGACAGAGCAGAGCAGGCUGAAACGGAUAAGAAGGCAGCUGAGGACAAAUGCAAACAGGUAGAGGAUGAGCUGAUGGCCCUGCAGAAGAAAUUGAAGGGGACUGAAGAUGAGCUGGAUAAGUACUCGGAAGCUCUCAAAGAUGCCCAGGAGAAGCUGGAGCAGGCUGAGAAGAAGGCCACUGAUGCUGAAGGGGAGGUGGCAGCUCUGAACAGACGAAUCCAGCUCGUGGAAGAGGAGCUGGAUCGUGCUCAGGAGCGACUGGCCACAGCCCUGCAGAAGCUGGAGGAGGCUGAGAAAGCAGCAGAUGAGAGUGAGAGAGGAAUGAAGGUUAUUGAGAACAGAGCAAUGAAAGAUGAGGAGAAAAUGGAGAUUCAGGAGAUGCAGCUGAAGGAGGCGAAGCACAUCGCGGAGGAAGCCGACCGCAAGUACGAAGAGGUUGCCCGAAAACUGGUGAUUUUGGAGGGUGAGCUGGAGAGAGCUGAGGAGCGUGCAGAGGUGUCUGAAGUUAAAUGCAGCGACCUUGAAGAGGAGCUGAAGAAUGUCACCAACAACCUGAAGUCUUUGGAAGCUCAAUCUGAAAAGUACUCGGAAAAAGAAGAUAAAUACGAAGAAGAAAUCAAGAUUCUCUCUGACAAGCUGAAAGAAGCUGAAACUCGUGCUGAAUUUGCAGAGAGAACAGUUGCCAAACUGGAAAAGUCCAUUGAUGACCUGGAAGACGAGCUGUACGCCCAGAAGCUGAAGUACAAGGCGAUCAGUGAGGAGCUGGAUCACGCCCUCAAUGACAUGACCUCCCUGUGAGCUGCGG